CUCGCUCAUCUGAUUGGCCAGUUUAGACGUCGUUCACAUCGCCGUGGCAACAGUACUAAAACAGCGGAAGUGUCUGAGAGUCCUGAGAGAAAAGCCAGGCCUGACCGGUGCUUUUUUUUUAAACCGAAUUAUUUUUGUUUUUAACCUUUUCGCUGGAUUUUUUGCUUUAAUUUUCUGUGUCGAUAUUGUACUUUUUUUUAUCCAUUUUCAUUGCGCGAUUUGCUGACCAAUCGGAAUGCAGUGGGCGGGGCUUAUGGGAAUACGGAUGGGGAAAACAUUAACGUGUCGUUUGGAGCUGCGGCUUAUCCGUCACUCAGUGGGAACAGAGGGGAUUUUCUUAUCAGCGCUUAUCGCCUCGGAAUGAAGAUGUGACUCCGUGCAGUGAAGAUGAGGCUCGCGCUGAGGAUGCUGUGCUUGGCUAAUUUGUGAGCAGCAUGGACGAGGCUGCCAGCCAGCUGGAGAGAGACCAUGUUCACAGCGUGUACGAGAGGAUUGCGCCGUUCUUUAAUGACAGUCGCUACAAGGCUUGGCCAAGAGUCAAGCAGUUCCUGUUGGAGCAGGAGCCAGGCAGCAUCGUCGCUGAUGUGGGAUGUGGCAAUGGGAAAUACCUGCACAUUAAUGAAAGCAUCUUUAAAAUGGGCUGUGACGUUUGCCGCCCAUUGGUGGAUUCGGCCUGGAGUCGAGGUCAUGAGGUUCAGCUGUGUGACGGUCUGCGUUUACCUUACAGAGACGGCUGCUUUGAUGCCGUGCUCUCAAUUGCAGUCAUCCACCACAUGUCGACCAAAGAGCGUCGCGUCAGGGCGCUAAAAGAAAUGGCACGCACAUUGCGAGUCGGCGGUCGAGUCAUGAUCUAUGUAUGGGCUAUGGAACAGAAAAGACGCAAGUUUGAGAAGCAGGACAUCUUCGUGCCCUGGAACCCCAACCCUCCCUUAUCUUCUGCCUCAAGAGGAUGUCUCCGACCCAGGCAGCGUGGCAGUGGAACCCAGAGCGUUAGUGAUGCCCCAGAGUCUGAAGACAUGCACAGGAACACAAGAAGCACAUCAUCAAUGGUGGAUGAAGAAGAUCCAGGGAGCCCCGCACAGCAGAGGAAGCAGAAGCUCUGGUUUUUCUCCAGGUCUCUGGACUCCGUGCUGGAUUUAAGCAGCCUGACCGUGUCUCGCUCUUCGUCCAGAGAGCUCAGUGCUUUCUGUAGCCCCACCGACGAACCCGAGGUGAGAACCCAAGCGAGAAGCACAAGAGGACGAGCCCUGAUCAGACAAGUGUCCAGCUUUUUCACCAACCCGUCCUCCAGGAACAGCCUAGAAGAGGAUGUGUUCGUCGCAGAGCCGCAUGAGCAGCUGCAGAAAGCCGAGUGCAGUGACGGGAACGGGACAGUUUCGGUCGCACUGGUGCAGGACUGUUCGUCAGUGCCGUUACCGGAUUUGGUGUCUCGACAGAGGGAGCGCUCCGGUAGCGAACGUCUCGGAGAAGAUGAUGGCGGAGAUAUUGGACAGGAAAGCGCAGUGUCCCUUCAGCAGCAGGAGGAGUGGAGUAAAGACAAGCUGAACGAGUCAUGUCUGCGCUACUACCACGUCUUCAGAGAGGGGGAGCUGACACAGCUGAUCGAGGAACAUGUUGAGGAACUUCAUAUCCUGCAGACCUACUUGGAUCAUGCCAACUGGUGUGUGGUGGCUGAGAAGGUCCAUGUGUGGAGGGUUUGAGUUUAUUUAUUUAUUACAAUAUUUAAUUUUUUUUAAGUGUGUUGCUUUUUUAAAUUAUUUUAAUGUUUCUUUUUUAGGGUUUGAAUCAUUUUGACUGCAGUGGUCAUAUCCGUAUCCAUAAACAUAUUGAGGUUUGGUUAUUAUGGAUCAGGGCCCAGUUUCCCAAAAGCAUGGUAAAGUUAAGAUCAUCUUAUGUGGGAGAGAGAGAGUGUUCAGUGUGAUGCUCGCUCAGCCGUUUAACAAUGAUCUUGGUGCUGUGAUGCUUUUGGGAGCAGUAUUACAAAUUUCUUAUUGGGUUUUUCUGGUCUAAAAUAAAGAUGAUUUUUUUUUGUUUUAAUUGUAUGUUUGUUCCUAAUUUUUCCACUAACUAAGGCAAUUUAAAAGGAUAAAAGUUUACUAAUAUCCCUUAUGGCACUGAUUUUCAUGGCAAAUACAAUACUGUUAGCUGUCUUAAGCAAUUCCUGCCUGAAACGGAUGUCACUGCACAUCGUCUUACUGAACCAAACAUCGUGAGCACAUAACUAGCAUUUAAAUAGUGAAUGCUCCCUUCUCAGGAGUUUGUUUUUCUCUCGUGUGAUAGUGGCGUAUUGUGUUUUAUGUUGAACUGUUUACCUAAGAUGAACUGUCAUAUUGCUGCUUGGUGGAUUUCAGUAGGUUGCACAAAAAUAAUCCCUUCCUCAAAACUUUUAAAGAAUUCCAUUUUAACAUUGGCUGCUGGUGUUGAUGAACAUUUUACAUUUUAAUGCUGAUGUACUGUGUGUCUACUUAUUGUGCUGUGCCACGGGUCUUACAUUACAUUUGUAAACUUGAACCAUGUUUUUUAAUUUAUUAAACUGUGUGUUCUUACUGUAUAUUUAAUAAAUACUGUAACUGAAUGAGUGUAAGUGAAUAAAUAGGCUAUAUUUUAUUCUCAUCUA